AUGGCACCCAGAGUUAUCGUCGUCGGUGGUGGCCUUUCCGGACUCAGCGCUGCCCACACAAUCUACCUGGCCGGCGGCAACGUCGUUGUCCUCGACAAACAGGGCUUCUUCGGAGGCAACUCGACAAAAGCCACAUCCGGAAUCAACGGUGCCUUGACAAGGACCCAGGUCGACCUCGGUAUCCAGGACAGCGUCAAGCAAUUCUACGAUGACACCCUCAAGUCCGCCCGUGACAAGGCGAGGCCGGACCUCAUCAAGGUGCUUACCUACAAGUCCGCCGCCGCCGUUGAGUGGCUCCAGGAGGUCUUUAACCUCGACCUGACCCUGGUCUCGCGGUUAGGUGGUCACUCGCAGCCCCGAACCCACCGAGGCCACGAUGCAAAGUUCCCCGGCAUGGCCAUCACCUACGCCCUGAUGCAGAGGCUCGAGGAGCUGGCAGAAUCAGAGCCCGACAGAGUCCACAUCAUUAAGAAGGCUCGUGUCACUAGCCUCAAUAAGGAUGGACACACCGUUACCGGUGUGGCAUACGAGGUCGGCGGUGAGACACACUCAUUGGAUGGGCCCGUGGUCCUGGCAACUGGUGGCUAUGCCGCAGACUUCAGCGACAGCUCUCUGUUGAAGAAGCACCGGCCGGAUACCUUCGGUCUCGCCACCACAAACGGCGCCCACGCCACUGGCGACGGUCAGAAGAUGGUCAUGGCCAUUGGCGGUAACGGCAUCGACAUGGACAAGGUCCAAGUCCAUCCCACAGGCCUGGUAGACCCCAAGGACCCUGGCUCCAAGUGGAAGUUCCUUGCCGCCGAGGCUCUCCGUGGCGAGGGCGGUCUCCUCCUCAAUGCGGACGGCGACCGGUUCUGCGACGAGCUCGGCCACCGGGACUAUGUCUCGGGCAUGAUGUGGAAGGAGAAGGACAAUGGCAAGUUCCCGAUUCGCCUGGUCCUGAACUCGAAGGCCUCCAAUACCCUCGAUUUCCACACCCGCCACUACUCUGGCCGUGGCCUGAUGAAGAAGAUGAGCGGCAAGGAGCUGGCCAAGGAGAUUGGCUGCUCACCGGAGCACCUCCAAAAGUCCUUCCAGUCGUACAACGCAAUCGCCGACGGCAAGCAGAAGGAUCCGUGGGGCAAGAAAUACUUCACGAGCUGCCCCUUCGACAUCGACGAUACCUUCCAUGUCUCGGUGAUGGAGCCUGUGCUCCACUUCACCAUGGGCGGUGUUGAGAUCAACGACCGCGCCCAGGUCCUUGACAUGGAGCAGAAGCCCUUUGAAGGCCUCUUUGCCUGUGGUGAACUCGCUGGCGGCGUCCACGGUGCCAAUCGGCUCGGUGGCUCAUCCCUUCUCGGCUGUGUGGUCUACGGUCGUGUCGCCGGCGACUCGGCAAGCAACUACCUCUUCCAGCAGGCGCUGAAGGGAAGCACUGGUGCCGCCCAGCGCCUCGGCCAGAUCGCCCUGCACAUUGACCCGUCGCAGCCUGGCAAGUUCUCGGUAGAGUGGUCAUCAUCAGGCAGCGGCUCAGAGGUUCCGACGACCCAGAGGACCGCCGCCGCCGGGCCGACUCCCACGGAAGGCGGCAAGCCCGCGGCCAAGCCAAGCGAGCCCAAGAAGUUCUCCAUCCCCGAGAAGGAAUUCACCAUGGAGGAGGUCGCCAAGCACAACACCAAGGAGGACCUCUGGGUCGUGGUCAAAGGCGUGGUUAUGGACCUGACCAACUGGCUUGACGAGCACCCGGGCGGUCCCCAGGCGAUCCUUAACUUCAUGGGCCGGGAUGCUACUGAGGAGUUUGAGAUGCUGCACGACGACGAGGUCAUCCCCAAAUACGCACCGGAGCAAGUCAUCGGACGGGUAAAGGGACAGACGCCGACACUGGAGAUCUGA